GAGCGUGCGAUCUUCGCGUCGGGCUCGCCGUUCCCCGAGUACCGCACGAAGGACGGGCGCGUGCUGCGGCCGGGGCAGGGCAACAACUCCUACAUCUUCCCCGGCCUCGCGCUCGGCAUCCUCUGCGCCGGCCUCGUCGACGUCUCCGAGGACUUCAUGCUGCUCGCCGCCGAGGCGCUGGCGGAGAUCGUGUCCGCGGAGGACCUGGAGCACGGCAGCCUGUACCCGCCGCUCAAAGAUAUACAGAACUGCUCCGUCAAGAUCGCCAAGAAGAUUGUAGACCACGCCUACGAAACUG